GAUUCCACAGUGGGACGGGCCGAUUCUGCAAAUGGCUACGAGGUGCGAUUUGUCGAUUUGUUCGUCGUUAAUCUUCUCUCCUGCGGCUCGGAAGGAGGCGUACACCCGCUCUGCUUCGCAGGCUGCCCUCAGGUUUCAAUGUCAUAACACUGAGUGACGCCAGCAGUGUGGGAACAUCCAAAACAAACCUCACCUCAUUGCUGUUAGGAGUUUGACUGACGACUGCAAGAGAGAGCGAACGAGUGGUAGAAGGCACGACAGUGUUGCACCCGCACUCCUUCACCGGGGCUAUGGAGGAGGAGGGGCAGCAGAGUCUGGAGUGCAUCCAGGCCAAUCAGAUCUUCCCUCGCAAGCCCCCUGUCCUGGACGAUGAGGAUCUUCAGGUGCCCUACCCAGAGCUGCAUGGCGAGUAUACGAAGUAUGUGGGCAGGGCUGAGGAUGCCAUCAUCGCCAUGUCCAGCUACCGCCUGCACAUCAAGUUCAAGGAGUCGGUUGUUAAUAAUUGUUCGUGUGAGGUGUCAGUUCCCCUGCAGCUGAUAGAAAGUGUAGAAUGUCGGGACAUGUUCCAAAUGCACAUCACCUGCAAAGACUGCAAGGUCAUCAGGUGUCAGUUUUCCACAUUUGAGCAGUGUCAGGAGUGGCUGAAGAGGCUGAGCGCUGCGGUCCGUCCCCCGUCCCAGAUAGAGGAGCUCUUUUCCUUCCCCUUCCACGCAUGGUGCAUGGAGAAGGAGAAGGAGCAGCACGGGGAUCUGUGUAGGCCAGGUGAUCAUGUGAUGUCACGUUUCCAUAACGAGGUGGAGCGGAUGGGAUUUGAUACUCUGAAUGCCUGGAGAGUGUCUGAGAUCAACAACAAGUACAAGUUGUGUUCCAGCUACCCUCAGCUGCUGCUGGUGCCAGCCUGGAUUAUUGAUAAAGAGCUGGAGAAUGUGGCCGCCUUCCGCUCCUGGAAGAGGAUUCCGGCCGUGGUUUACAGGCACCAGAGCACGGGAGCAGUGAUCGCUCGCUGUGGUCAGCCUGAGGUCAGCUGGUGGGGCUGGAGGAACGCAGAUGAUGAGCACCUGGUGCAGUCCAUCGCCAGAGCCUGUGCCGUUGACAGCAGCUCCUGUAAAGGCGUCUCCAAUGGCUCCUUCUCCCGCGAGUACACUAACGGAGCUGACCUCUCAGAUGUGGACUUUGACUCGUCUAUGACUAACAGCUCAGAGGUGGAGACACUGGCCAUCCAACCUCGAAAGCUUCUGAUCCUGGACGCCAGGUCAUACGCCGCUGCCGUAGCCAACAGAGCCAAAGGAGGAGGGUGUGAAUGCCCAGAGUACUACCCUAACUGUGAGGUGGUUUUUAUGGGUAUGGCCAACAUCCAUUCCAUCCGCAAGAGUUUCCAGUCUCUGCGCUUUCUCUGCACCCAAAUGCCUGAUCCAGCCAACUGGCUGUCUGCUCUGGAGAGCACAAAGUGGCUGCAGCAUCUGUCCCUCCUGCUCAAGGCGUCUCUCCUCGUUGUGAACGCCGUGGACCGUGACCACAGGCCCGUACUGGUGCACUGCUCAGACGGCUGGGAUCGCACCCCUCAGAUAGUGGCGCUGGCCAAAGUCCUGCUAGACCCGUACUACCGCACCAUUGAGGGUUUUCAGGUGCUGGUUGAGACCGAGUGGUUGGACUUCGGUCAUAAGUUCGCAGACCGUUGUGGUCACGGAGAGAACGCGGAGGACUUGAACGAGAGAUGUCCUGUCUUCCUGCAGUGGUUAGACUGUGUGCACCAGCUCCAGAGACAAUUCCCAUGUUCCUUCGAGUUCAACGAAGCCUUUCUGGUGAAGCUAGUGCAGCACACGUACUCGUGUCUGUUCGGGACGUUCCUGUGUAACAGCAGGAAGGAGAGAGAGGACCGACACAUCCAGGAAAGAACCUGCUCCGUUUGGUCUCUCCUCAGAGCUGCCAAUCGCUCCUUCAAAAACAUGCUGUACUCCUCUCAUUCAGAGACCGUGCUUCAUCCUGUGUGUCAUGUACGCAAUCUCUUGUUAUGGACAGCAGUUUACCUACCCAGCUCUUCACCCACAACCCCUUCUGAUGACUCCUGUGCCCCCUACCCUGCACCUGGUGCCAACCCUGAGGACCAGCCCCUCGGCAGGCGUCCUAAAACCCGCUCGUUCGAUAACCUGCCCAGCGCUUGUGAAGUCGGAAACCCGCAGACCUCCAAUCGACGUUCCAGCGACCCCAGUUUGAAUGAGAAAUGGCAGGACCAUCGCAGGUCUCUGGAGCUCAACAUCGGGACAGGAGCUGACGGUGCUUCAUCUCCAGACUCAGAUGAGAGGGUCAACGGACAAACCGUGGCGGGGCUUAUGGGAACAUUGCCCAAUGGGGGCACAGAGAAUGGGGAGGGGCUUAGGCAUGUCAGGUUGCCAAUGAUGGAGGGCGUUGAUGAGGCGGAGCUGAUAGUUGGUAUGGCUGUGGGCCAAAUGGAGAACAUUCUCCAGGAAGCUACAAAAGACGAAUUGGCACCAGAUAGCCGCAGAGACACAAAGACAGACCACACGAAUGAAACCUCCACUCUAAACGGCCAGAGUGAUGAUGUUGCACAUUCAGAAGAGGCACAACUAAAUGCUGAUGCUCAAGAGGGCAAAGCUAAAAGCCUUGGAGAUGGAAAUGUCAAUGGACAUUUUUCACAAGAUGGUAGUUCUGAAGAUUCUUCUGCUCUCAGCCAGGAAACCUCGGGAAGCCCAGACUUAGAAGAAGCACUGGAGAAAUGCACGAUACAAGAACACAAUCCUUCUAGUAACACAAAUAAUUUCCCUCCCCAUGGCCUCAGGACUGUGAGUAACAACCACGGGCGAGAAACCAUUGAGCAGGAGAAACGUCUUUCUCUUUUGGAGAGCUCCACAGAGACGCUUACGGAGGACUUGGGCGUUCGGCCUGAGAGUCUGCGACCCUUAACUAUCCCACCUCCUCUUAAAGCCCUUGCCGAAUCGUCGUGCCUCAAACAGGGUCUCCGCACCUCAACUGACCCCAGGACUUUAAGCAACACCCUCAAACGGCCGUCUCUCAGUGCCUUUCCUCCCUCCACUGACCUCCUCCACCCCGUGUGCAACGGAGACUCCCCCGACCUCGAGUCCUCCACGCCGCAAUGGGCGGCGCGCACAAACGGGGAGCGGGCCACGCUCAGCCGACAGGUGUCGCUCGCCAGCUGCGGCUCGCUGACCCUCCACGCACGGGGCACUUGCUCCCACCAUCGCUGCCUGCACUUGGGGUUUCUGGGCCGGCCGAGCUUCAGCCCCCCAGAACCCCCUUCGGCCCGGAGCCAUCUGGACGAUGACGGGUUGACCCUGCACACGGAUGCCAUUCAGCAGCGGCUGCGGCAGAUCGAGGCCGGUCACCAGCUGGAGGUGGAAGCGCUGAAGAGGCAGGUACAGGAGCUCUGGAGCCGUCUGGAGAGCCACCAGGCUUCUGGGAUGCUGCGACUCAAUGGAGACAUGGGUGAUGAAGCGACCUCAUUCGCAGACUCCGACUUCAACCUGGAGCCCAACUGUCUGUCCCGCUGCAGCACUGAACUCUUCUCUGAGGCCAGCUGGGAGCAGGUGGACAAGCAGGACACUGAGGUGACCCGGUGGUACCCGGACCAUCUGGCCGCUCAGUGCUACGGCUGUGAGAGAGGAUUCUGGCUGGCCACUAGAAAGCACCACUGCAGAGGCAAGGAACGUAUGGAAGAGGUUUGGAAUUGUGGGAAUGUGUUCUGUGGCAGCUGUUGCGAUCAGAAGAUCCCGGUGCCAAGCCAGCAGUUGUUUGAGCCCAGUCGCGUGUGUAAGUUGUGUUACAGCAACCUGCAGGCUCCUGCGCCACCUCUGAACUUUGAGCUGGACGAACCCAUCACCGCCAGCUCCAACUGAUCCCAGACGCACCGCUGCUGAGGACACACGGCACCAGACCGAGGCUCCAGAGACUGUUUUGUGGGGACAAAGUCGCUUCUUUCCCACCCGAAAGGGAAUCUUGUAUAUAUGGAAUGAUGUGGAGAGCAGAGGAGGCUUAGCACUUUCAGAAGAGACAGGGUGCGAUUGAGAGCUUGUCUGCAUUUGCGAUGAAACUUGUCCUGUACCUGCUGCAUAGAGGGAAGGUUUUCUCCGACGGCCAGCGGAUGGUGUGCAAAAGUAGGAUUUCUUCGCUCGUCAUCUCACAAAGAUAGAUUAUCGGUGAUGAUGUUCCUGAGAAAGGUGCUUCUGGGACGAGACCGCAAGAUCCUAGCUUUGUUUUUGGGUUCUCAUCUCUUUCAACAAUCUGCUUCACGGGCUUUUCGUCUUCUUUUUGAGGUGAUUCUGGAUGCCACAGCAUUCAGCCUCUCGAACGCAUCGAAUUUCCCAAAUCAUUCCAGACUCUUAGUUUCUUUCUCAAAUAGAAAGCAUUCACCCUCUGGUUAAUGUUGACUGUAGCGCUAGAUGGCGCUCUUGUUUCUCUGAUCUGCUGUGUGGACGUUGUCUGACGUUUUCACUAGUGCAUUUUUUUGUAACAUAAAUGCGAGAUAAUAUAUUAGAAUGAUUUAAGAAUGAGACACAUAGCAUUUAAGAUAAGAAAUUGUAUAGAAUUCUUGAAUAGUGGCUCACUAAAUUAGUCACCAAAUAUAAGUUGUGUUGUUUUUCCCCAGUUGUAGCCAUUUGGGGUUUUUCUUUUUAAUGUAUUUCUUAUGUUUCUGCCAGCGACGCUGAACAGGUGAAUUGAGAUGUUUUAUAUGGAGAGAGAUGUUGUGUGAUAUGCUGCAGUAGGGCCCCGGAUGCGUUGUUUUUUUUUUUUGCUCCCAACAUUUAUUUAUUAUCAGGUUUAUUUUGUCUGAAUCGUAUGUUCAAUCCUGACAAUUGCUACACCACAGGAUAAUCAGUGUUGAUGGUUUUGAGCUGCGUUUGCACUGAUGAUGAAGGCCCUUCCACACACACACACACACACACAAUGCACAAAUCACAGUCUCUUUUGUUUUCCGCUUUUUGGAGAUUCAUUCCGACAAUUCCCUCAAUCAGGAGUUCACCUGAUAAUACAUUUACUAUUUACUCACACAUGUCAUUUUUUUUCUCUCUCUCAAAAUGAGGAUUUUGGAGACUCCUUAGGCAGUUCUUUUCUGCAAGUUUGGCGCUUGACCGAUGUGAUGGCUUUGAAAAAGAGCGCCAUACAUCUUUAAAAAUCGUGUAAAUGGCAAGAGGGUGAGUAAAUAAUGAUCAUUUGAAUUUUUCCCGGUGAACUAUAACUUUGUCAUCGGUCUCGCCAGUGGCGUGAGGGUUCAGUGCCGUAAUGAUGGGCGUUAAUUCCUAAAGCUGAUGACAUCUGCUCCUCUCUGCAGAGUGUUUUCAGUGUCGGCGGUGGGACAGCUUUUACAUUAACGCCAAUCCAUAAAUGUGAAUUUUUUUUUUGUUUUCCAGAAAGAGUAAUUUCCAUGGGUUUAUAUUUUGCACAUUGGUAAUCAUCAGAAAUACACUGUCGCAGAUUUCUGUAAGAAUAAAACAAAGUGGAAUUCCAACGGAAGCGACUGCUGAACUCAUUUCACCGAUCUGCUCCGUAGUAGACGUGCAAAUGCAUGUCUUUAGUGUGAGCUAUGGCAAGGAUUCCUGAACUGUUUUGUCAGCUGAACCGCUUUGAGCUAAAGUAUUUAUUUUAUUUUUAGAGAGAUAUU